AUGAGGGGAGUGGAACCUCAACCAGUGCAGGUCCUGGGGUCAAGCAGGAGACGUCUGAAGGAGAGGAGGACCAACGGCACAGCAGAGACAUCCAGACUGGAGACCCUACCAUCGCUCCAGAGCCGCCCAGGCUCCGAAGCAGCAUCACGGAGCCUGAAAAGGCACCAAAGGGUCCACACAGGGGACAAAUCCUACAGCUGCCCUCAGUGUGAGAAGAGCUUCACCCACCAGAACCAGCUGAAGAUGCACCUGACGGUCCACAUGGGAGAGAGGCCGUUUGCCUGUACGCACUGCGGGAAGAGGUUCUCAGAGAGGAGCUACCUCCGGAUACACCAGCAGAAAAACCAUUCCACUUUAUAACAUAGAAAGUACCCAUUCCACUCGAUAGCUUCUGACUUUUCGAUCAAACCCUGCAUAAAAGACAGAUUKAUUUUCAUUGUCUGCAUUAAAGAUCCCCAGAUGCAUUUGGAAUAAUGAGAGUAACAGAUCUGUGUUGAAUAUUCCUGGGUAGAARAUUGCAUACAGACAUUGUUUGAUAUAAGGCAUAUAUAAGCCUAAAAUGGCUCUUACAUAAUGUUUGUUCUGUUUAAGCUAUAUGAUGUUCACAAAUGCCUCUUUCCAUGCUUCCAUUGAACUACAUUAUUUUCCCCAAUAKAUUUUUUAUGAGAAAAUGAA